AUGGCUAGCAGCCUGCCGGAGCUGGAGGACGGCAAGGUCCCGCGCGAGACAAGCGCCGCGGCCACUGACAACGAAGCCGACCAGCGUGACGUCCGUGGUGAUGGCGGGCCCGUCGAGUACGAUGUUGAGAGAAUAGAGCGAGUCUACCGAAAGCUCGACCACCGAAUCAUCCCAGCUUUCUGGAUUCUCUACUUCCUUUGCUCCGCCAUAAGGUCGAACAUCGGGCUUGCUCAGACCAUGAACACGAGCUCUGGCCAUAACCUGGUGCAGGUCCUGGAUCUUACGCCCAAGGACGUUUCUACGGCGCUCGCGCUGUUCUACGUCUCUUAUGUCAUCUUCGAUAUGCCUUCGAACUUGGUCAUGAGCAAGUUGGGUCCUAGGGUGUGGAUGGCCCGCAUUGUCUUCGCCGUCGGUGUCAUUGGAGUUUGCUUCACUGCGGUCAAGGCUGCCUGGAGUCUCAAGCUUCUGCGCUUUCUUCUGGGCGUGGUGAUUGCGGGAAUGUGGCCCGGCAUGUCGUAUUACCUCACACUAUUCUACCCACCCUCGCGCACUGGAAAGCGUAUCGGCCAGUACUUCACGGCUGCCCAGGUAUCAGCUGCCGUUGUUGGUCUUGUCUCUGCCGGCUUUCAGCUCAUGGAUGGUGUAGGCGGCUUGGUGGGCUUCCAGUGGAUGUUUCUUAUCUACGGACUUUGUGCAGUCGUUCUAGGUUUCACGCUUCUUUGGUGGCUGCCAGAUCGACCGUUGCCUCCUGGUCAGAAGAGAGCGCACACAGGCAUCUUCAAGUUUCUUCCCCGAACCCCCGAGGCGUUGACCGGAGAGGAUGCCAUCAUCCACUAUGAGGACCUCAAGCGAGUCUACCAUCCCAGGUCCUGGACUCUGAAAGACCUGGGCUAUGUCCUCAUUGACUGGCGGCUCUGGCCGUUGACCUUGAUGUAUUUCGGUGUCGUUGGUGUCGGUAUUGGCACCCAGCUAUACGGCACCGUAAUUAUCCAGGGCAUCAAUGGAAACUUCACUGGCGUACAGCUGAGCUUGCUCUUCGCUCCCAUAUGGAUCAUGGACCUUAUUGCCAUCUUACUGGUCACUCCAAUCUCAGACCGCUUCCACAGGUUGCGUCCCUUCUUCUUCUCGGCUGCUGUAUGCAUCCAAAUAGCAGGCCUCCUGGUUGUUACUUUUGCCCCAACGUCGAAUGCAUGGGCUAGAUACGGUGGCCUUCUCAUGGUUGGGUUCGGCCUCGGCCCCACUGUUCCGAUCUGCAUGACAUGGACGAACGAGAUCUUCCAACAGCGUCAUGGCGAAGUUGGAGUAGCUGCUGCUGCUGCAUUGGUGUCUGGCCUGGGCAACCUGGGAAGCAUCACGACAACAUACGCGCUUUACACCGGCUGGCCCGAAGAUGCGGUCAAAGGCCCGUACCAGUACCGUCGCAGCAAUCUGACCAUGAUCGGCAUCCUCUGCGUCAGCAUUGUAAGCAGCUUUGUCAUGUACAUCGCCCUGAAGUUUGCGGGGAACAAGCCCAGCCGCAAGAUUACCAGCAGCGAGAGCUCGUCCAUCAAUGGAGCCGACGAGUUCCAAGACGGAGCAGCUCGUAGGGAACUCCAGCAACGCGGCUUUGGACGCAUGUGGUGGAACAAGAGGUCCUAG